AAAAAAACUAUAAAAAUUUCUUUGCCUUCUUCCUGUCCUUGUCAUACAUCUAAAAUGCGUGAGUGCAUCUCCAUCCACGUGGGUCAGGCUGGUGUCCAGAUUGGCAACGCCUGCUGGGAGCUUUACUGUCUUGAGCAUGGCAUUCAGCCGGAUGGGCAGAUGCCUAGUGACAAGACCAUCGGAGGGGGGGACGACUCCUUCAACACCUUCUUCAGUGAGACUGGGGCUGGAAAGCAUGUGCCUAGGGCUGUGUUUGUGGACCUGGAGCCCACUGUCAUUGACGAAGUCCGCACUGGAACCUACCGCCAGUUGUUCCACCCUGAGCAACUGAUCACGGGGAAAGAGGAUGCUGCAAACAAUUAUGCUCGUGGUCACUACACCAUUGGCAAAGAGCUCAUUGACCUGGUGCUGGACAGGACUCGCAAACUGGCUGACCAGUGCACAGGUCUGCAGGGUUUCCUGGUCUUUCACAGCUUUGGAGGUGGCACCGGCUCUGGUUUCACCUCCCUGCUGAUGGAGCGCCUGUCUGUUGACUACGGCAAGAAGUCCAAGCUGGAGUUCUCCAUCUACCCAGCUCCCCAGGUGUCUACAGCUGUAGUAGAGCCUUACAACUCCAUUCUGACCACCCACACCACCCUGGAGCACUCUGACUGUGCCUUCAUGGUGGACAAUGAGGCUAUUUACGACAUUUGCCGUAGGAACCUAGACAUUGAGCGCCCUACAUACACCAAUCUUAACAGGCUCAUCAGUCAGAUUGUGUCCUCAAUCACAGCCUCCCUCCGCUUUGAUGGUGCCCUGAAUGUUGAUCUGACUGAGUUCCAGACCAACUUGGUGCCCUAUCCCCGUAUCCAUUUCCCACUGGCUACGUACGCUCCAGUGAUCUCCGCUGAGAAAGCUUACCAUGAGCAGCUCUCAGUGGCCGAAAUCACUAACGCUUGCUUUGAGCCAGCCAAUCAGAUGGUCAAAUGCGACCCUCGUCACGGCAAGUACAUGGCUUGCUGCCUGUUGUACCGCGGUGACGUAGUGCCCAAAGAUGUGAAUGCUGCCAUCGCCACCAUCAAGACCAAGCGUACCAUCCAGUUUGUGGACUGGUGUCCCACUGGUUUCAAGGUUGGUAUCAACUACCAGCCCCCCACUGUGGUUCCUGGUGGAGACCUGGCCAAGGUGCAGAGGGCUGUGUGCAUGUUGAGCAACACCACGGCUAUUGCCGAAGCCUGGGCACGACUGGAUCACAAAUUUGAUCUGAUGUAUGCCAAGCGUGCCUUUGUGCACUGGUAUGUGGGUGAGGGUAUGGAGGAGGGAGAGUUCUCUGAGGCCAGGGAGGAUAUGGCAGCUCUGGAGAAAGAUUAUGAAGAGGUUGGAGCUGAUAGCCUUGAAGGAGAGGAAGAAGGAGAGGAGUACUAGAGUCUAUUGAAGUUGUUCGUCAUCUUUUAUAUGUUCCUUUCCAUUCUGUUUGUACACUCUUCCCUGGAGU